CAAUGGAAAGCUAAACCUCAACCAUCAAUCCUUCAUUCCAAAUAAAAAAAUUCCAGCCUGUCUUAAAAAAUUCCAUUUCUGUUCAAACAUAUAUAUUUUGUUUUCACAUCAUUCUUCUUAAAAAGAGACCAAUAUAAAAGAGAUAUUCAUAUGAGCCUUUGGGAUUUGUGAAGCUAUGGAACCAAAAACAAAGGAAUUUGAAUCCUCUCUUGUUUUUCCUUCUGUGAAAGAAUUAAGCAGUGUUCCAGAGAGAUAUGUGCGUAAGGAUAUUGAAUACCCUACAAUUGUAUCUAACAAAGAUUCUUUGCCACAGCUUCCUGUCAUUGACCUAAGCAAAUUAUUGUCUGAAGAAGUGAAGGGUCCUGAAUUGGAGAAGCUUGAUAUUGCAUGCAAAGAAUGGGGUUUCUUCCAGCUAAUUAAUCACGGACAUAGCAUGGAAAUGCUGGAAGAUGUGAAGAUAGGUGCUCGAGAACUUUUCAAUCUUUCAAUGGAAGAGAAGAGUAAGCUUUGGCAAAAACCAGGAGAUAUGGAAGGGUUUGGUAAAAUGGUUGAUGUGUAUGAAGAUGAACCAUUAGAUUGGGUAGAUUUGUUCUACAUUUUCACACUUCCUUCCCACUUAAGGAAGCCUCACUUAUUCCCUAAUUUACCACUGCCAUUCAGGGAAAAUUUAGAGGCUUAUUGUAUAAAGAAUAGAGAGCUUGCCAUGAACAUUUUUGUUCUUAUAGGGAAAGCUAUUGGCAUAAACUCAAAUGAUAUUAGAGAGUCAUUAGGAGAAGGAGGCCAAUCAAUUAGGGUCAACUACUAUCCUCCUUGCCCUAAACCAGAGAAUGUCCUUGGCCUCAAGGCUCAUACUGAUGGGUCUGCCCUUACCAUCCUUCUCCAAAACAAUGAAGUGGAAGGACUCCAAAUAAAAAAAGAUGGAACAUGGAUUAGUGUUAAGCCUCUCCCAAAUGCUUUCAUCGUUAGUAUUGGAGAUGUUUUGGAGAUAGUGACAAAUGGUAUAUAUAAGAGCACGACACACAGAGCUAUAGUAAACUCAGAAAAAGAGAGGCUAUCCAUAGCAGCAUUUUACGGCCCAGAAUGGAUUGGAAAUAUAAGUCCAAUAUCAUCUCUUGUAACUCCAGAAACACCAGCAUUGUUCAAAACAAUUGGUGUAGCAGAUUUCUACAAUGGAUUACUUUCACCAGAAAAUCAUGGGAAAUCAUACAUACAUGAUGUUUUGAUGAUCCAAAAUGAAGACAUCAAAAACUAGCUCCUGGAAUUUAAUUUGUUUGUGAUUAAUGGAAAAGCAAAAGUUUGGUAAACAUGUUCAAUAAAUAAUAAUGCAAUUCUUGACUUAUUUGUUUCAAAUACAUGUAUUAUAGUUGUUCAAGAUUUGGAGUAUGAGUACUUUGUAGUAAGAAGUACUCGUUAUUCCCUCUGGGUGAAUACUAAUUGAGAUAUUAGUAAUUGUAUUCAAUUCUUUAUAAUGUAAUUAAGAAUAUAAUUGUGUUUUUCUUCAAAAAAAAAUA